AAAUAUACUGUGAAUACAUGUAACUAUCAAUACACACAAAUGAUCAUGAAUGAUAUUUCAUUAAAGGAAGUGCUCCAUGCUCAAAUGAUAUGGAUAUGGAAAUGCACUAUUCCUGGGACUAUGCACAACAAGAGCCUUUUCCUCAUCAUGCCCAACAAGUGGGACCAAUAUUUUUCAAGACGCCCCAGAAAUGCAAUGUGUCUGGUGUAUGUUGCGAGGGUUCAGUACCAUGGAUAUGGAGAAAAACAGCAUACAUUCAUUUUGACAACUGCAGUGGGCAAAACAAAAACAACUUUUUCUUAUGGUCUGCUCUCUGGAGAGUUCUUGUAGGACUCCAUGCUACUGUGGAAUAUUCCAUGAUGGUGGCAGGACACACUAAAUUUGAUCCAGACUGGAAUUUUGGAGUCCGGAAAGUAAAAUGGCGUUCAUCUACAGCAGAAACCAUGAAUGAUAUAGCAGACACAGUCCGUCAUUCAUCCCGCAGAGGCCAUAACAUUCCUCAGCUAGUGUCAGAUCCACAUACACCUGUGCAGUUUAGGGACUUGAAGUCGUACCUUCAAACCCUUGAAAGACAUUCAAGGCUAUCAUCAUUUGUGAGUAAGUGCAGAGACACCUGGCAUUAAUAUUGCUGAAUGUAAGGAUGUAAUUGGGCCUUUGUGUGUUAAUCUCCUGAAAGAUCAGAAUACCCUUCCCUACGUAAAUGAUCCUCUGCCUCAAGAAAUCCCAGCAUCUGGUCUUGAGCCCAAAAGGCAAUGGUACCUCUAUGAGGAAAUCCGUGAACAAUGUCUAUCACUCUCUGCUAAAGACUCAUCAUGUCCAAAACCAUUUGUACCAAAGAAAGAGGUGAAAGUUUACUCACCUGAUCAUUCUACGUCUCACUUGGGGAAAAGGAAAAGUCUUCUCCUUAGAUGAAAGGGAGAGUUAUUGUGUGUAAGAAAGAUUAGAAGUAAAAUGUAUACAUGUAGUUCCUAUUGUAUUACUUCCUGUAAUGUGUUGCUUUGAUGUACAUUUCUGUUCAUCGAAUUUUAAUUGCUCUACAACAUUUGUUGGAAUUGAUACUUUUACCAAACUGUUCACAUAAGCUGUGUCCUAUGACUAGUGUUACAAUCUCAUCAGUUAUUAAAAAAUGUGUAACAGUAUGAAAAUUGUUAACUGAUAUUUGCA